CCACUCCCAGUCACACAAACUCAUCCACAGUCAUGGUCAAGGUCGAAAUCGUCGAGGAGCGCGACAGCCAGGCUGGCUCUCCCUACUCCUCUGCCGCCCCUUCCCGCACCAACUCCUCAGAGUCCCUUUCCUCCGUUGCCUCAGACCUCUCAGCGGACGAGACCUUGUAUGACCGCCUAACUGCGCUCGUGGACAUUGUACCCCCCACCACUCGCCAGAAAAUCUCAAACAAAUUCUCCUCGGCAGCCUCCUUCUUUAAGAAGAGCGGCAAGCUCAUGGGCAACGUCGUCUGGGUCGUCACCACCUCCACCCUCCUCGUCGGCCUUCCCUUGGCCCUCAUUCUCGAGGACGAGGCUAAAAUUGUCGCCCAGGAGCAGGAGAUGCUCGCCCAGCAACAGGGUGCACAGCAGAUGCUCGCCCCAAGUUCCCAGCCGGGCCAGUCCCAACAGAAGGGAAUUGUGCCGCCCGGCUUCUAAGAACACGCACCGCAUCUUUGACGCCACAUUCACGUCACUCUGCUGCUACGCCGGUUAUCCGGCCACACGCACAAGUCAGCGUUAUUACACUCGUAUCCGUUAUGCUCUGCCUAUACACACAUAUGGACUGCAAAAAACCCUCUCGCGCUCCGCAGCAUCUCCGCAAUUUCAGACGUUAUAGACAGCUCCUUAUAUUUACUCACGAAUCGUAUUUCGCGUCUUAUCGUGCACAUGCAUGCUAGUAUAAUAAUACACACAACACCUCACUCAGCAUUUUUGCCAAUCCUCCCGCCUUCGGAUCGCCCAUGUGCUGAA